UCUCUUAUCUGAAAUGUUUGGGUUCAGAAGUAUAUGGAUUUUUUUUAGAUUUUGGAAUACCUGUAUCUGCUUAUACAUAUAUAAUUAUAUUUUGAAGAUGGGACCCAAACCUAAAUAUGAAAUUCAUUUCAUCUAUAUCUUAUAUACAGAGCUUGAAGGUAAUUGCGCUUUGGUUGUAGCAUAUCAAACAAACUUUGUAUAUGUUGUCAAAGGCUUUCAUGGCCGGAAUCACUGUUUUGCUGUGAGCUUUCCGGGCUGUACGGCCAUGUUCCAGAAGCAUUCACUCCUGACGUUUCGCCCACAUCUUUGUCAGACAUCCUCCGAGGUUGUGAGGUGUUGGAAACUAAAGUGGGGUUUACAUAUCUGUAGAAUGUUCAGGGUGGGAGAAAUUACUCUUGUCUGCCUGAGGCCUGUGUAAAUGUUGCAACUGGCCAGUUUGAUUCGCACUGAAUAGCCUGGCAGCUUAAAAGCCUAACUGUUUCCUGCCUGGGGGAACUUUGUAUGCACCGAACCAUCAUAGAAUCGUAGAGUUGGAAGAGGCCCCAUGGGCUUUCUAGUCCGACCUCAUUCUGCCAUGUAGGAACACACAAUCAAAGCACUCCUGGCAGCUUCUGUUUGAAAACUUCCAGAGGCCCCACCAUACUUUGAGGCAGCAUAUUCCACUGCAAACAGGUCUUGCUAUCAAGAAGUUCUUCUUAAUGUUGGUGGAAUAUAUUUCCUGCAAUUUUAAUCCAUUGCUCUGCCAAAAUCAGAAAUUAAAGGUGUCACUAUCUCAGCCAUCUAUGUUGACAUUUUUAUAUUGCAGAAUAUUUUAGAUUUCCCCAUAAGGCAGUGGUUAGGGUCCCUAGAUGCUUUGACCUUCAACUCCCAGAAAUCCUAACAGCUGUAUCUGCCUUUCUGACACCUCCACGAGGACUAGUGACACACAUUUAUUUUACAUUCAGGCUCCCAUUUUGGCCCUAGAUUGAAUAAGGUUUCUAAGAUUAAUUCAGCACUCUAACGAUGCAGCUGAAACACCUAGGCUUCUCUCUCUGCAGUAGAAAGCACAAUUGCUCUGGGUGACCUGGUCUUGGUGAUUCCCAAAUGGCUGUUCUACAUGAUCACAAUGCGUAUUGUAUACCCGAGGAACCAGCCGCACUGAAGGUUCUUGUCACAGAUCUGAAAGACACUGUACACCACCAGAGUUAGCUUCUCCAUAAACUACAGGGAGGAAAAAAAGCCAGGCAGAAAGAACGUCAGAAACUACAGGAAAAGGCAGAUGAGAAAAACUGGGCCCUUCUCUCUGAACUCAGAGAACGCAUCUCACAGCUUGAGGCAGAGAACUGUAACCUGCACUUUGAGAAGAACCAGCUGGAGUCCACAAGCCAACGCUUUCGAAAGGAGUUGGAUGCCCAUGGUGUCACUGUUCUGUCGCUGAGCAGGCAAUUGAGAGGGCAGCAGGAGGCUGAGGCCCACCAUGGGGCCUUCUCUCUCGAAAGCGUCAAGGGCAGUGCCAAGUGACUGAGGUUCUACAUGGGUUGCGAUGGGUACCCCCGCCUCAUAGCCUUUAUGGACUUCCUUCUCGAUAGUGAAGGGGAGCAGGCCAGCCAAGACAAUAGCCUCCGCAGUGCCCUCAGCCCUGAAAAUCAGCUGUUCUUGGUCCUUGUCCGCUUACGCCUGGGACUACUUCUCCAGGACCUGGCCUUCCGUUUCCACAUCUCUGAAUCCACAGCCUCCCGCUAUUGGCUCAGCUGGAUAGAGAUCAUGGAGAAGAGGAUGAGACAGAUUCCAAUUGCCUACAGCCAGCAUUACGUAGACACUUUGAAGCCACAGCGGAUACUCAGCAAUCAAGACAUGCCCUUGGUGGCUCUGGAUUGUGCAGAGCUCCUUUUUGAAGCCCAAGGAAGAAAACAAGGCGAAAGUUAUGGUCCCCGGGGUCCUAGGAUCCGCUACUCUGUAUGUGGGUAUGCUCUGGCUGCUCCCAGUGGCUUUCUAACCUUUGGUGCUGGAGCAGGUGAGGGGCUACCCACCUUGCCUCCAUUCCUGCAGGCAAGACCUGUGGAGCUGACAGCCCAGCAGGAGACGGCCAAGAGACAAGUCCUGAGCUUACGCAGCCUAACAGACAAGGCAUUCAGCUUCCGUGUUCUAAGUGUUAUCCAUCCGCAGAAUAUGGAGGAACAAAUGUGUAAGGCAUGGACCAUUUCCUGUUACCUGGCUUGCCUCAUCCAUGAACCCAUGGGGCUUAGCUAAGAAACAGUUCUAACCCUCUCAUGGUUUUCUAUUAAAUUCUAUACUUUUAUUAA